UCUCUCACACUCCGCGUUCUGUCGCCUUCUUGACCCUACACGCUCUCUGCAUACGUUGCACUCCCCGUCGCUCCUUCAAGACUCUACAAUGUUGACUAAGACUGUCCUUCCUGCACUUGUUGCCCUCGUGUGCAUCUGUGGUGCCAGUGCUAACCCACAGGCAACAACUGUGCUCCCUUUCAUGGUGACGGAUGACUCUGAUAAUGGAGGUGACCCGGCUGGGUCAGGCGAUGCCGAGAUUCUCUCGGGUGUCAUCAUUGGUACUGGAGAAGGCGGAACGACAUACGUUCUCUCUGAAGCUAGUACUGCCUCAGACGACCUUCCUGUCACCGUGACGCUCGUCGAGAACGCCUCCCAAGCUAGCGCAAUCGUCCUCCUCGGUGACUCAAGCACGACCAUAACCGAGUCCAUCGGAUGUGGUUUCAGUGGCUCGUCAGCAGCGUGCACCGUCGAAGUUGUAGCAGUGACCGACAACCAAACGCUCACUGAAGCGUUCACCACGUCCGGCACGGCGGACCGCUUUACUGCUGUUGUCUCGACCAGCUUGGCCAGUCAGACGGGCGGAGGCUCUGGCUCUAGCUCUGGAACGGGUACCGCGUCUGGCUCUACACCCAGUAAUACCUCUGGUGCAGGGAGGAAUGUGGCGGGAGGCAUGCUUGCUGGUGUAGUAUCAAUGGGUCUUGCAGCACUGGCUUUGGCCUGAUCGUGAUGAUACCUGCUUUAUUUUACCCCCACACUGUUACUCCUUUUCGAGUUUCUUCUGGAUAUUUGGGUUUCUGGGUUUAGUAUUGUGUUUUCUAUUGUCUUAGCAAACAUGUAUUCUCACCUUUAGAACGUUGGAUGUCUAAUACGACUAUACA